CUUGCCUGCCAGAAACCUCAAUCCUCUUAUCCAGAGUAAUUUUAGACAGAUUUGGAAGAACGAGCUCAGACGCAAUGGCCAACCAGCUACACAGCGCCCCGCCCUUCCGGGCCGAACAUAUGGGUUCCUUGCUGCGUCCCGACAACCUGCUUGCGGUGCGUGAGAAGAUCCGCGAUACCGGUAUCUCGGAGCAGGAGGCUGGUCUGCACGCCGUUGAAGAGGAGACUGUUCGUGAUGUUGUCAAGCUCCAGCGGGAUCUGGGCUACAAGGCUGUCACUUCUGGUGAAUUCAACCGGACCCGUUUCUGGGGACAGAUGUGGGAUGAGUUCGAGGGCACCAUCCGUCUUCAGGAUGCCGAAGCGUCCAUGUUCAGACUCUACCAUCCCGAUGUGGUCAGUCUGAUCGAAAAGGACCGCAAGGUCAUGCCCGGUGACUCGGUCAUCGCUGGAACCAAGCUUUCCUGGAGCCCCGAGAAGUCGGUGUCGAACCUGCACGAACUGAAGCUGGUCCAGCAGGCCCUGCCUGAGAGUGAAUGGCACACCAUCAAGCUGACCAUGAUCACUCCCGCCUGGUUCCAUAUGCGCUACAAGCAGGGCAAGGCUUACACUCCCGAGGCCUACGCCAACGACGAGGAGUACUUCCAGGACGUCGCAAAGGUGUACCAGGCCGAGCUCGACGCCUUGUACAAGGCUGGACUGAGAAACGUCCAGUUCGAUGACCCGGGUAUGGCCUACUUCUGCUCUAAGGCCUUCCGCCAGGGCUGGGAAGAAGACAAGGACAACAUCGGCACGGUCGAAGAUCUGCUUGACGCCUACAUCAAGCUGUACAACGACUCAAUCAGCAAGAUCCCUGCUGACAUGCACACCGGUAUCCACCUUUGCCGCGGUAACUUCAUCGGAGGCAGACACUUUGCGGAGGGAUCUUAUGACAUCAUCGCCAAGAAGCUAUUCGAGAACCUGAACGUCAACACAUUCUACCUUGAGUAUGACACCGAGCGUGCAGGUGGCUUUGAGCCCCUCAAGUUCUUGCCCAAGAACAAGAACGUUGUUGUCGGUGUCAUCAGCACGAAGCUUCGCGAGCUGGAGGACAAGGAGGCGAUGAAGGAGCGGAUCUACAAGGCCGCCGACUUUGUUGGUGCUGGUAGUGGUGAGACUCGCGAGGAGGCCCUCAAGCGGAUCUGCGUCAGCCCUCAAUGCGGUUUCAGUACCCACGAGAGCGGAUACCCUCUGAGCUUGGAGGAUGAGAAGAAGAAGCUGGGUCUGACCAGGCAGAUCGCUGAUGAGAUCUGGGGACAACCUUGAGCUUCUCAAAGCAGUGAAUGGGGCGGUGCUUUCCGGCCUCUUAACAGAGAAGGAAAUGUGAUGAUGUGAAAUGAGUUAUGUAUUUAACAGACGUGUCAUAUUAGCACGUGGCAAGAUGAUGUACAUAUGGGAGUGGUGAGGGGUGCAUCGGUAGGCGCAAUUUGAUG